GAUCUGCUUUAAAUCACUCAGAAGACAACGCAGGCAGAGCGCUGCACAUCUACGCAUCCUUCCAUUUCUUAAAUUAGCCACCUUAAGCUUCGAGAUACCGCCCCCAAUUUCAGUGUCGGUACGGAGCCGCCAGGCCGGGACAGAGACGGAGAGAGAGCCCUCGGCCAUGGAAGCGCUCGGACCCGGCCCGCCUGCCCCUGCCCCUACCCCUGCCCUCUUCCAACCACCACGCCGGCCCGGCUUGGGUACGGUGGGGAAGCCGAUUCGCCUGCUGGCCAAUCACUUCCAGGUGCAGAUCCCCAAGAUCGACGUCUACCAUUAUGACAUUGACAUCAAGCCUGAAAAGCGACCCCGCCGGGUCAACAGAGAGGUGGUGGACACAAUGGUGAGACAUUUUAAGAUGCAGAUCUUUGGGGACAGUCAGCCUGGUUAUGAUGGCAAGAGGAACAUGUAUACGGCACAUCCACUACCCAUCGGGAGAGACCGGGUGGAUCUGGAGGUGACCUUGCCAGGUGAGGGGAAGGAUCAGACCUUCAAGGUGUCUCUGCAGUGGGUGUCAGUGGUGAGUCUGCAGAUGCUCCUGGAAGCUCUGUCUGGUCAUUUGAACGAGGUCCCGGAGGAUUCUGUACAGGCUCUGGAUGUCAUCACUCGUCACCUGCCUUCCAUGCGGUACACUCCAGUAGGUCGUUCCUUCUUCUCACCACCAGAGGGGUAUUACCACCCACUGGGAGGAGGGAGGGAGGUUUGGUUCGGUUUCCAUCAGUCUGUCCGUCCAGCAAUGUGGAACAUGAUGCUCAACAUAGAUGUGUCAGCUACAGCCUUCUACCGAGCCCAGCCUGUCAUUGAGUUCAUGUGUGAGGUUCUGGACAUCCAGAACAUCAAUGAGCAGACCAAGCCCCUCACAGAUUCACAACGUGUCAAGUUCACCAAGGAGAUCCGAGGACUGAAAGUGGAGGUCACACACUGCGGCCAGAUGAAGAGGAAGUACCGUGUGUGCAAUGUCACACGCCGCCCAGCCAGCCAUCAGACAUUUCCUUUGCAGCUCGAGAACGGACAAGCUAUGGAGUGCACUGUUGCCCAGUAUUUCAAACAAAAGUACAGCCUGCAGCUCAAAUACCCCCACUUGCCCUGCCUCCAGGUGGGGCAAGAACAGAAGCACACCUAUCUGCCCCUUGAGGUUUGUAACAUAGUGGCAGGACAGCGCUGUAUAAAGAAACUAACAGAUAACCAGACCUCAACCAUGAUAAAAGCUACGGCCCGCUCAGCCCCAGACAGACAGGAAGAGAUCAGCAGACUGGUCAAAAGCAACAACAUGGUGGGCGGGCCUGACCCUUACCUGAAAGAGUUUGGCAUUGUGGUUCACAAUGAUAUGACAGAGGUGACCGGGCGGGUCCUCCCAGCGCCCAUGCUUCAGUAUGGGGGCCGGGUGAGUACAGACACUGGGAGGGACUGUAGCAGGGGACUCUCUCCCCAGAACAAAACUGUGGCCACACCCAAUCAGGGUGUCUGGGACAUGAGGGGAAAGCAGUUUUAUGCGGGUAUAGAGAUCAAGGUGUGGGCCGUAGCCUGCUUCGCCCCUCAGAAACAAUGCCGAGAAGAUUUGCUCAAGAGUUUCACUGACCAGCUGCGCAAGAUCUCCAAGGACGCAGGGAUGCCCAUCCAAGGCCAGCCCUGCUUCUGCAAGUACGCCCAGGGAGCAGACAGCGUGGAGCCGAUGUUCAAGCAUCUCAAGAUGUCUUAUGUGGGACUACAGCUCAUUGUGGUCAUUCUGCCUGGGAAAACACCAGUCUAUGCGGAAGUGAAGCGUGUAGGAGAUACUCUGCUGGGAAUGGCCACUCAGUGUGUUCAGGUGAAGAAUGUGGUGAAGACGUCCCCUCAGACGCUGUCCAAUCUCUGUCUGAAGAUCAACGCCAAACUAGGAGGCAUCAACAAUGUGCUGGUGCCACAUCAAAGGUGGGAUUUGGAAAAGAAGAAAAGAAAAAAGAAAACGAAAAGAUUUGGUACCAAAUUAUUUGAAGUGAAUAUACAAACACACACACACACACACACACACAUACAUGCAUACAUACAUCUUAAGGCCGUUCCACACUGAGCGCGAUGCGAAAAAGCGAGGCGAAUCACCGACGAACAGUGCUUUCACACCGAACACGAAUUGAUUGUUCGC